AUGGCUUCUCCUGCACGGAAAUCCCAAAAGGUCUCGGAGGCUCUUUCUGAUUCCCCUACGGAACGGACCCGCGCUCGAUCGGCCCAUGAGGAACUGAGCAGGCAAGGUGUCACCAGAAGUAACUCCCACACUGCUUUUGAGAACACAGCAGGCAAGACGCUCGACAAUGAUUUUGCGGUUAUAGGGAUCGGCGCUCUUUUGGAGCAAGAUCCUCGCCCGACCUUUGCCCUAAAUCUUGACACUAACGUCAAUGACAUUUUCGUGCCAGGUUUUGUGAAUAAGGCUUUUCAGUCUUAUCCUCAAUUGAAGAAUAUCCUCCCGUUCAAAACCACACCCGGCUCGCCGCUAUCCCCGAAGCUUCCUUCUGCCGACUUCAAACAAUGGAUUCGGGAUUUGGCACACCAUGACGAGUCGCCCUUCUCGGCACCUUUCAAAUACUGUGGUUUUGCUUGGAUUGGUUUCAAAAUACAGAGUAGAUGGCUCAUUGUUAGUGGACAAGAAAGUUAUGAGAAAUCAGCUUUUGAGGGAAGAUCCUUGCGACCAAUUAAUGGUUCCGCUGCCCCUCAAAGAAAUCCUAAUACUGAUUGGGAUCACCCCUUGCGGGUCAAGAAUAUUCGAACGAUUUCUAAUGAUUCUGUUUCGUCUGAUGAUUCUCUUCCGCCAUCUUUUGUAACUCCUGGAACACCAGAUUGGACACUUACUCACCCUGUAGGAGAACUCUCGCCUCAUGUCAUUCUUGCUCGAAGUGUGGACUGGAGCACAACCUCUUUAGGGGAUAUGCAGACGUGGACUCCGGAGUUUCGACAAGUAGCAAAUUUGCUAAUGUCAAAUCCCCAUCCUGCCGCUUUGUUUUGGGGAGAAGAAAUGACAGUCUUAUAUAACAAACCCUACGCUGAUACCAUUGCUGGAAACAAACACCCUCGCCUCAUGGGAGCUGGUUUUUUAACCAGUAUGGGAUUUUCAGAACUCUGGGAUUGGGUGAGGCCGGAAUUCGAAAAAGCCAGGCAAACUGGAGAGGCCGUCGCUGUUGCAGACCAGAUGUUGCCAAUCGAACGUCAUGGCUUUCUUGAAGAGACAUUUUUCACUUGGUCACUAACCCCAAUCUACGGCGGCACAUCUGAGAUACUUGGUCUCUACAAUGCUCCCUUCGAGACAACCCUGCAAGCAAGAGCUACUCGCGCAACCGAGACUUUGAUUAAAUUAGGUCAGGAAACUGCUCUGGCACAGACAGUUUCUGAAUUCUGGCCUAGAAUGCUGAAAUCCCUUGAGGACAACGAGUUCGACUUCCCCUUUGCCCUCAUAUAUUCUAUCCUUGAAGAUAUUGAUGCCGAUGAAGACGCUUCUAUGUCGUCCGAGUCCUCGCUGGGAUACAAGUCCUGCGUUCUUGAAGGAGCUCUAGGUGUUCCUGAGGGGCAUCCAGCAGCUCCAACACGUCUAGAUCUAAAGCGUGCGAGAGGAGGAUUCAUACCCUCGUUUCGUGACGCCAUGACUAGUCGAGUGCCAAAGCUUUUAAAUAUCAACGACGGGUCACUGUCCGAGUCGCUGAUGAAGGGUUUUGAAUGGAGGGGCUAUGGCGAUCCGUGCAAAGAAGCCAUUGUUUGUCCCAUUCGACCAACCAACGGAGAAAAUGUGAUGGGCUUCCUUGUUAUUGGCGUUAAUCCACGUCGAAAGUUCGAUCUCGAUUACCAAGCUUUCAUUCGACUUCUUGAUAGACAGCUGGCAACAUCACUAGCAUCAGUCACGCUUUUUGAAGGCGAGAUAAAGCGUGGAUUAAACGCUGCUGAAGCAGCAGCUUUAGAGCGUUCUAGAUUAUCUGAAGAACUUGCCGUUCAACGAUCACGCCUCCAGCGGAUGGCGGAAAUAUCUUCAGUGGGGAUGCACUCGAUGGCCCCAAAUGGUGCUCUACUUGAAGCAAAUGACCGGUGGUAUGAAAUGACGGGCCACCCGAGGGAACCGAGUGAACCAAUGUCGUUUAUGGAGCUUGUUGACGCUGAAAGCACGGAAAAGUUAGAGAAGGGAUGGAAACGACUUACCGAAGACAAAGUACCAUGGACUGGAGAACUGAAAUUGAAGAGGCCCUGGUACGAGCCAGCGACAGGUGCAAAACACGACUAUUGGAUAUUGGCAGCCUCUCAACCCGAGUUCUCACAUGAUAACAUAUUGAAGAGCAUCAUGGGCUCUAUCACGGACAUAACUCUCCAGAAACAAAGUGUCAAUGAUGCUGAUGAACGCGCAAAGCUCUCACAGCAAUUGCUAAUCUCAACGCAGCAAGCCAAAGCUCUACAGAACAAGCGCUUAGAGGAAGCAGAGGAGGCAAGGAGAGCCCAGAAUAGUUUCAUCGACAUCACCUCACACGAGAUGAGGAAUCCUUUAAGUAAAUCCUUACAUGAUCGGUUAUUGUGGUGUGGAUCUAAUCCAGAAACAGGUGCUAUCCUUCAGUGUGCUGAUGGAAUUUCGACGUCGUUGAACGAAUAUUUGGCGGAAAAGGCAAGCCUUGAUCCGGAACUAAUCAGCAUAAUAGAAGGGGCAAUUGAGUCUGCCGACACAGUACAGUUAUGUGCCCAACAUCAAAAGUCCAUUGUCGAUGACAUUCUUACUAUUUCGAAGCUUGAUUCAAAUCUCCUGCUCAUUACUCCCGACCCUAUUCAACCCGUUAAAGUUGUUCAACAAGCUCUAAAAAUGUUCGUCGCCGAGUGUCAGAUGACAAAAAUAAAGAUGGGUUUCCAUGUCGAUGAUUCUUGGCGCGAACAUGGCGUUAAUACUGUCAUGCUUGAUUCGAGCCGACUGCUUCAAGUCUUGAUCAAUCUCAUGACAAAUGCAGUCAAGUUCACCAAAUCCGAGGAAGGGGCCCGCACAAUCGAUGUUUCCCUUGCCGCAUACAAAGAACCACCACCAGAAAUACCCCCACAUUUUCAUUAUUUUCCGACGAAGAAUGAUAGAUCAGACGUAACGGCUUCUGAUGAUUUUGGGAAGGGCAAGAUCGUAUACCUACGAUUUGAAGUAAAGGAUAGCGGUUGUGGACUAGGCAAUGAUGAGAAGAAAAACCUCUUCACACGCUUCAGCCAGGCCUCUCCGCGAACACAUGUCAAAUACGGUGGAAGUGGUCUAGGUCUUUUCAUCUCACGGCAAUUGACAGAGCUCCAGGGAGGGGAAAUCGGAGUUGCGUCUGAGGCGGGCGUAGGCAGCUCGAAGAGUAGAAACCGAAGAAAGCUUACCCAAAACGGUGAAGAUUGA